UUUUUGGAAUCAGAUCUCAUUGACAUAUUAAUCGAUAUCGUUCGGUCAAAUCGUUCGAAAUUUCACGUGUAAUUCAAAGAUGCCAUCAGGUCACAAACGACAAUGUACAAAUAUGUUUUUUGUUCUAUCAUUGUCCUUGCAAUUUGGACACUGGCCAACGCAGAAAGCCACUGUAUAACUGCAGAUAAGCCAGAAAUCAAGAAAAACAAUUGUCCGCAGCUAAUUGACGAUGACGAUGAGAUUAAAAAGAAACAACAGCAUUCGAUAGACAGCGCCGCCAUAUGCAACCAGAAACGGUUACGGGAAACCGAAGAACAGAAAAAGUGCAAGCUCGAGGUCAAAAAGAAAAAAAAACGAUUGCAAAAUGAGAAGCCCGAAACCAAGAAGAAAAAGAAAUGCGUGUCGACGAAAAAGAAAAUUAAAAAACCGAAGAGAAACUGUGCAAUACAAUUGAGAAUCGAUAAACUUAAAUCACGAUGCAAUUGUGGUAUAAUAACACCCAGUGAAGUACCCUAUACCGAUCAUUGCUUCAAUAAAUCGCAACUAACGAUUCAGUUGACUCAAAGUAGCACAAAACAUUGUUCUAAUAUAACUGAAACGGCGAAUUCAACAAAUACUAUUCCUACAAUUAGACAAAAAACAGGAAAGAAAUGUACAAGAAAAUCUAGGAGAUCUUCAAACGGUCAGAAACGGUCGUGCAUUUUUGCUGUAGCCUCUCCAAUAGGUGAAACCAAAAAUAACAUCGGGCAUAAUAGACCCAAAGUAUCAGUCAAUUCAAUUCUGCCAAAUCCUGCAACCCCCAAGGAACUGGACAAUACAAAAUUCACUAAAGUUGCGGAAAAGAAAAACAGAAAUUGCAAUCCAAAGCAAAGAUGUAAUCGAAACGAACCAACAGGGAGGAAACGAAGAAGAGACCGAUGUACUGGACCAGAAUCUCAACAAUGUUUAUGUAAUGUUAAUAUCGUUGACUGUUUGUUAGGCGACAUUCCCGCUAAUUAUUUAGAAAAGCUUAAACAACAACAAUUAGAAGAACAAAAGAAAACAAGAUUGGGUAAUCAAACUUGCACGAUGUUAAAAUAAUUAAAAAAUAAAU